UAUUCUUUUAUAUAUAUAACAUAACGAAUGUGAAAAUAAUGUUUUAACCUCAGCAAAAUUUGAAAUUGAAUAGUAAAAUUAUGUCACAAAUCUGUCCCAGUUCAUCGCAUCAGCUUGCGGCUGCAGCGUUGGCAUUUCAUCGUGCACGAAGAAAAUUUAUCCAAAAUCCUUGCCAACUUAUUCACUUGGGACAUGAAGAUUUAAAGAGUAUUCAAACGAGCAACAAAACUGAAAAUAAAUUGACAAGACCAAGGACUGCUUCUGGAUGUAGAAAUUCCACAGAGACUACACUGGAUGUUAAAUCAGUUAAUGGUACUGGUGACUGUUUUGAUACUGUGCCAAGUACAACAACGACAACGACAACGACUACUCCAACUCCAACAACAACAGCAACAACAACAACAAAAAAGAUGACAUUUGAUGAUGGUAAAGUGUUGGAAAAUAACGAAGAAUUCAAAGAUGCCAAAGAUAGUUUUGAUAACAACUCGUUACAAGUAUAUAAAAAUAAAAAUUGUUCCUGUUAUCACAAACUAAAAGUAAAUAAUGAAAAACAUAAAAGUUCACUCAAUUUAUUAUCCAACGAUGGAUUUAUAGAAAAUUGUGUCAGUGAUGAAGAUGAACCAUUAUUAUGUGAUUUUUCAAAAAAACUUUAUGAAUGGGAGUGUAGAGCACGUCAAGAAUCUUUAAUGAAGACACAAUAUUUUCAAAAACGAGUCAUAGAAUUACAAAGAGAUAAUAAAAAUAUAAAAAAUUCCAUUAAUCAAAAAUUAUCAUCUAGGCAUCAUUAUUGUCAUUGUAAUGAUUGCCAAUUUGAUUAUCAAAAAUCUCAACUUUUGAAUGAAAUACGUUCUAAUUGUUCUACAAUGUCAAAAGAAUCAUUGAACCCAUUAAAAAGACAACUAAAAAAUUAUUCAAAUGAUAUUAAAUUCAUUGAUAAUAAUUGUUGCAAAAGCCAACGACAUUGUUUGCCAAUCAAAGAAGUUGAUCAUGAAGAUAAUAAAGAUGAAGAUGAUAGUAAUGACGACGAUGAUGACAAUGAUAAUGAUGAUGAUGAUGAUGAUGAUGAUGAUGAUGAUGAUGAUGUUAUAAAUAAUAUAAGAAUAAUAAAUCAUAAAGAUUCAGUUGAUAUUUUAGUUGAAAAAUACAAGUGUCAAAAAAUUAAUGACAAUGUAUUAAAAAAGAAUAAUGAAUGCAUAUUAUGUAAAAAAAAGUUUGUUCAUUUGAUGUCAGAUCAAACGACAAAAGAAUGUAAAAUCUUUGAGGAUUGUGAGACGACCUGUUGUACUCAAAAAAACCAAAGUUCCAACAAGUUGGGCGAUCAAUUGAGACAAAAGUGUCUCAGAUCACGCCUGACCUCAUCCGGAAUUUGUUGUUCUAAUGAAAAACCAUUAACGGAUUAAACGACCCCUGAAAAAGUCAAUAAAACAAUUUAGUAAAAACUAAAA